AAAAUCAGUAUUGAUACAAUAGUUAAAAGUGCUUCAUCAUCGAAAAUUGUGAAAUUUAAAAAAAGGCCACAUAAAACAAGUUUUCUUGUGAAACUCAGAUCGUCACUUUAUUUUUCUUUUCUCAUGUAUAUGAUUAGUAAUCUCAAGGCCUAAAAGUUUUAACAGUAGCCAUUUAUUGAGGUUGAUGGUUUUUUGAAGUUUCUUGUAAUAAAAAAAUUAAACCAUGAGUGACACAAACGGAACAGACAAUGAUAAUCAACCUCGUGGAUUUGAGGCAGUAAAGAAUCAUAUGUUGGAGAAUAAGAUUGAAACCGCACUGUGGGUUUCUCGCUGCUUGUCCAUCAUAUUUGCUAUCGGCUAUUUGCUUCCCAUUUUUGGAUCUUCACAGAGUGCAUUCUACAAGGUUUUAAUUUCAAAUGCCGCAACAUCAGCAUUACGACUACACCAGAGACUACCACGGAUCCAAUUUACUAAAGAGUUUUUGGCUCUGUUGCUUAUCGAAGACAGUUGUCAUUAUCUCUUUUUCUCUUUAAUAUUCCUCUAUGUGCAACCAUUCAUCUUGAUCCUGUUUCCAGUCGUUCUCUUCGCAGUCCUUCAUUCUGCAAGUUAUUCGUUAAAAAUUUUAGAUAUGUUAGGCCAGAACAGUUGGUGGGGAGCUCGUCUUAUGAUCAGCUUAGUGGAAUUCCAACAAAGAAAUAUUUUGCGGCUGAUCGCGUUUUCAGAAAUUUUCCUUAUGCCUAUUGCUGUUGUUUCAGUUUUCAUGGGACGUGCUGGACUUAUGACACCUUUUAUUUAUUAUCAUUUCUUGACUCUUCGGUACACAUCAAGGCGUAAUCCUCACACAAGAAACAUGUUCCAUGAAUUGAAAUUAGCCACAGAGGUGAUAGCAAACAAUCCAAAAGCACCUCCAAUUGUUGGAAAAGUUUUGCAUGGCGCUAUUCGUUUGGUUACUCGAUUGGCACCACCAACUCCCGUGCAGCAAGCGCAAUAAUUUUCUUUUUCGUAUUUUUUUUUAAAUAAUCAAACACUUUACUCGCUUGAACGUUAUUUGGUGAAAAGUUUUUGAUUAAUAUUGAAUAUUCAGCGGUAUUUUCUUUGGUCAUUCACAUCCUUCAGUUAAAAUUAUUUUGUUCUUGAAAAGAAAUCAAUUUCUUCAAUGUUGAGUGUUGAAACAAUUGUAAUUAUUGUGAACUUUUCUUACAGAAGAAAGAAACGUCAGAAAUUACAUAAAGAGUACCUAUUUAUCAUUAAUAAAGUCAUUUAAUGUGUAGUGACAAUGUUUCUAUUUUGCACACUCAUCUUGUGCAAUCUUUUACAAAGACAGAACAAAGAAUAAGAGAUGAACAAUGGAAAUGUCGAAUUUUUUGAACUUUCUGAAUCAGAAAUUCUGAUUGAAAAACGAAACAGUUUCUAUUAAAAUUCCUUCUUAAUUUUGUUUCAAAAUUUAUUAUUGAAUACACUUAUUCAUCCCGUGAAUGGUCAAUGUUAGGUUUUCUAUCUUUCAUUCAACUCGUUUAAAGAACAAUAAAUAAAAGAACAAUUGAAU